UUCCAAAACACCAACCACUUCUACGUUAAUCUAUAUUCCUCUCUUUCAAAACCCAAUAAAUAUAAAAACAAAAACUAAUUAAAUAAAAUCCCUUGUAAUAAUUUCCUCCAUUUAAUAUCUAAUAAAUAAUACCAUUACCGAUGCUUUUUAAUUAGCCCAUUCUUUCCACUAACAUAACUGAAUACCUCCUCUUCUUCAUUUUCAUUUUUUAGAAGAGAGAGCUCUGUUUUUUUUUUUUUGGUUGAAGAGAGAGAGCUCUCAAAACAGAGUAACGAUGGCGGAAACCAUAAAGAUCAUGAGGAAAUCAGUCUUUUCUUUCCUUCAGAACUACCACCAUUUCAGCUCAACAGCUGCUCUAAUCGCGAUGCCUUUCUCUGCUUCAAUUCUCCUAUCCCAAGCUAUACUUCCUUCCUUUUCUUCUUCGUCUCUGCUUUUCACCAUUUACAGUCGUAUACAAGCUCUCUUCGCCGCCGCUGGUUUCCCAGCCUCAUCGGAAUUCUUCGCCAUUCUCAAUGAGAAGCUUGCUCAGACCAUCUCCUCCUCCAUUCUCACUCUCCCUUUCACCCUAACUUUCUUCCUUGUAUGCAAAUCUUAUGUAAUCGAAUCACUCAGAAACCCUAAAUUGAAAUCGAGACCUUCCUUCUCCUCCGUCUUCGACAAUUUCAGUCGUGUCUUCUCAACUUACCUCUGGAGCUCGAUCCUGAUCCUCGCGGCCAACGCCACCGUCUUCGCUCUCCUCUUCCUCGCCUUCAACUCGCUUGAAUCGUUCGGCCUACUCAAAUCAACCAAUUCAGUUCUCUUCCUCUCCGCCUCCGGAGCCGUUUUGUACUCGAUUGUGCUCGCUAACACCCUAAUCGUCUGCAAUUUGGGCCUGGUCUCGUCCGGGAUGGAGAGGUCCUGUGCUGGAGGCGGUUACUUGUGGACUCUGAGAGCUUGCGUUUUGAUUAGGGGAAGAACCUCGACGGCUCUAGCUCUGACUCUACCUCUAAAUCUGGCCAUGGCAGCCAUCGAGGCUCUGUUUCAAUACAGAAUAGUGAGAUCCCUUACAGCAUCAUCAUCAUCAACAACAACGUCUUCGUCUUGGAUUGUUAUGGAGGCUCUCUUGAUAUUCUACUUGUACUCGAUUAUGGUGGUGCUUGAUACAGUAGUUAAUUGUGUUUUCUACAAGAACUGUAAAGCAAUGGAGGAACUAGGAAGGCAGCUCUGCUAUGGUAUCAAAGAUGAUGAUCUCGAGGAUGAUGCUUAUGACUAUUACGUUUAUGACAGUUUGAAGACUCUGGCUUUGGAACAACUUCCUUAGAAUUUCUUUUUCUCUUUCAAACUUUCCGGGAAGCCAAACAGGGAGCUUAUAAUUUGUAUGUACCACAAAACCAAAAUGAUUUUUUUUUAAAGAAAAAUUCUUGCCAUGGAGUGUAGAAA